UAAGAUUUAAUCACAAAAACAAAUUUCAGCAUUAGGAUAAUUACAAAGUGGAUAGUUGCGCGUGCACAGUAAUUCGCGGUUAAGUCAUUUGAUUUGGAUUUAAAGUCAAUUUUUUUUAAUUUGUGGAAGGAUCGAAUCCUAUCGAGCAUUUGAAUGUUCGAUUUUAUUUUGCUUCAGUCCGCAUGGUUCAUUCCUUCGUGUGUAUAUCUAGUUUAGUCCCAAUUGAUGGAUAUAGAUGUGAGCAAAAAGUUAUUUGGGGAUUAAUUUUGAAAUCGGGAGACUUGGGGAGUAUCAAUGAUUUGGGGAUUAAUCGGAUAUCGGAGGAUUUCUGA